AUGGAGAUCGAAGGCGUAGUCCCGAGCUACAUGGACAAAGAGGGCCGGACAGCACUAAUUGUUGCAGCAAUGGUUGAAAACGAGAAGGCUGUGGAUAUUCUCCUAGAAGACCCGACACUGGAUCCCAAUCAUCGAGACCAAACAGGGCGGACAGCACUGGCCUGGGCAGCACUGAGAAGCCAUCGAUCGAUACUGGCAAGGCUGCUCGCGAUGGAGAGCAUUGAUGCUGACAUCGUGGAUGUCAAUGGGAAAACGCCCCUCCUAGAAUUAUGCACCAGCCUUGACAACUGGAAUAGCGGAGCAGAAAACGAAGCAGUUAUUCGUCAGCUCCUUGCUUCUGGUCGAGUCAACAUUAACGCAAGGGACAGCGAAGGGAGAGUGGCUGUAAUGAUGGUGGCAAAAACUGCCACUGAAGCCCAUUUCCGGCUGUUUCUUUCUCAGCCAGGUAUUGAACUUGAAGCGGAAGACGAGAACAGGGCAAAUGUGUUGCUACACGCCGGCAUUGGGGAAAACUGGAGGGGGGUGGAAAUAUUGCUGGAGCUGGGCCGGCUUGACUUGAACUGCAAAAUAUCGGAUGAAGCGUCUCACGAAUUACGUCUCCGCGGGCAAACAAUCUUUAGCAUGGCGAUGGCACACGGGCCGGAACGUGUCAGGGAGAGGCUCUUCAUGGAAAAUGACAUCGAUGUCAACACCCAAGACAGAAAUGGUAACACGUUGCUGAAGCUGGCAACGGAAUAUGGGCAUGCGAGCAUUGUUGACAGGAUCCUCGGCAUUGAGGGUGUGAAUCCCAAUAUCACUGCUCAUGCUGGAGAAACAGACCUCAUGGCCGCCAUCAAUGGCCUGUCCGAAGAAAUGGCAGACACCUUGUUGAAACACAAGUCGGUUGACCCAGAGAAACGCAAUCCUGACGGACGGACGCCGCUUUCUUUGGCAGCGGAGCGAGGUUUGCUACAAACCGUCAGGCGGCUUCUCAGCUUUGACCAAGUCGACCCUGAUCCCAGAGAUAACGACGGUCGAAGCCCGCUGUCCUGGACUAUCUCGCCAUCUUGGAACCUAAGGCCUCAAGACACGGCGGCUAGUCGAAAAAAGGUGGCGCAAGAACUGCUCGAAACUGGCCGGGUUGAUCUCAAUGCCGAGGAUACCGAAGGAUAUACUCUGGUGGAACGAGCAAUUGGUGAUUCUCGUGGGGAUGUUAUUAUGGAAUUGCUUCUGGCCAGAGAAGAUGUCAACCUCAAUCGCGUGGACAAGCAGGGCGGGACUUUCUCAAGAUGGUUCUAG